GUGGCUCAAACCAGAUUUGUUUCGUCUUCAGCUGGGACAGAACACCAGAGAGCAGGGAUUGACUUUUUCACUUUUAACUCUCUGUCCUUCACUUUGGUUCAUUUCUCGUGGAGUGUGUGUGACCCCCAUCCCCUGCUGCCCCCAUGGAUAACUUCCAGAAUGUCCUGCGUUUCUUCACCAACCAGAAAUCCACCAUUGGCUACAGCGUUAUGGCUCUCAUGACUGUAGGUGGGGAACGAGUCUUCUCCGUGGUUUCCUUUCAGUGCCCGUGCAACCACGAGCAGAACUUUGCCUACGGGCUGACCUUCCUGCUGGGCCCGGCUGCAGUGCUGCUGGUUUUGGGUCUCUUGUUCACCGCCAGGUUGUGGAGGCUCUACACUGGCUGCUGCCUUAACCCCAUGAAGCUGUGCCCCCAUGGGAACUGCUUGGGCCACCUCCGGGUGUUCAUGAGCAUUUUCUGUGGAGCCUGUGUGGCUCCUGUGAUGUGGCUCUCUGUGGCCCUGCUCAAUGGGACCUUCUAUGAGUGCGCGGUCAGUGGUCUGGAUGAAAACGUGGUGGUGAACUUGUUCUGUAAAAACAAGACUGCGGCGUGUCGGGAGGAGCUGGCCCGAGUGCCCUGUGAGCGCUCCAAACUGUCCAGCGAUGAGCGCAUGGAGCUGCUGCUCAUGUUCAGGGCCCAGUCCCAGAUCCUGGGCUGGUGUGUGAUCAUCACCGCUGUCGUCGGGGGCCUCCUGGGUACCUGCUACAAAAACUGCCGCUCCAAAGUCAGCUUCCUGCAGCUCACCUUCUGGAAACGCUACAUGGAACAGGAGAAGGAGCGCUUUGAUACUCUAGCUGUGGAAUACGCCACCAAACUGGCCGACAGAAACCUGCAGAGCUUCUUUGAGAACAAGGAGCCGGCUCCGUUCCCUUUCCCCAACCACAGGGCAUGGGAGGAGAUCUCUGCAUACUACACCUUCACCCAGAGCGAGCAGUGUUACAGCACCCUGCAGCGCUACGUGGAGCAGACAGACAGGGACUUCCCAGAGACAAAACCUGUGUUGAACGUAGAGUAUGAUGGAAGAGAGAUGCACUGAGAAACAGCUGACUGGGGUUAUUAAAGUGCUCAUAUUCUGCUCAUUUUCAGGUUCCUAAUUGUAUUUAGAGGUUAUAUCAGAAAAGGAUUACAUGGUUAAUUUAAAAAAAACAACAACAUAUUUUUGUUGUUUUGCACAUUGCUGCAGCUCCUCUUUGUUGAGCUCUUUGUUUGCCUGCUAGGUAAGGACUACUAGCCAGUCAGAAGCAGAGUAUAAGGGCCCUGACAGUACCUAGGUAAGGACUACUAGCCAGUCAGAAGCAGAGUAUGAGGGCCCUGACAGUACCUAGGUAAGGACUACUAGCCAGUCAGAAGCAGAGGAUGAGGGCGUGCUAUGCUAGCAGCUAGGCGAGCCUCAUAGCGUUGGUCUCUGAAGUAAAGACUGGACUACAACAGAGCUGUUUG